UUCUACUUCUUCACUAAUAUGACUUCAUGGUAAUUUCUUAAGUGUAUAUAAAGCUCCGCAAUGCCCCGCCGGUCUCUCUCUGUCAAGUUCAUUCUCUCAAAGUCCUAUUAUUGUGACAACCCUGUGAUUGCCCUCGAUAGAAAUAUAAAUCAAGAUGGCUUCCAAGACUUUUAACGUUGGUGUGGUCGGAUAUGGCUUCAGCGCCAAAACAUUCCACAUUCCUUUUGUUUCCGAUGUCCCCCAUUUGAAAUUGUACGCUGUUGUCCAGCGUACACCAAAGCCCGACGACGAUGCCGAGAAGGAUCACCCCGGCAUCAAGUCCUAUCGGACUACCGAAGACAUGGUCAAGGAUGACGGAGUCGAUGUCGUCAUUAUCACUACCGCACCAGAGUCGCAUUAUCAGUUGACGAAAUUGGCCUUGGAGCAUGGAAAGCAUGUUGUCUGCGAGAAGCCCUUCACCCCCACCACUCAGGAAGCCGAGGAGCUUGUCGCCCUUGCUGAGAAACAGAACAAGUUGUUGGCUGUGUACCAAAACCGUCGCUUUGAUGCCGACUUCGUGACCGCCUCCAAGCUCAUAAAGAGCGGUGUCCUUGGCCGAGUCGCUGAAUUCGAGACUCACUUCGAUCGUCAUCGUCCCGAAGAGCCCGCUCCCGAGGUUUCAAAGUGGAAGAACAAGGUCGUUCCCGGCGGUAGUGCGAUUUACGAUCUCGGAAGUCAUCUGUUAGAUCAGGCCGUGCAACUGUUCGGACUGCCAAACCGUGUCACUGGAUUCAUUGGCUCUCAGCGGGCGGUAAACACGUCCGGCUAUGAGGAUACUUUCACCGUCCUGUUCCACUAUAAUAACGGUCCUCUGGUGACGGCCAAGGCCGCUGUCGUCAGUCCGGAAGAGGAGCAGCUAAGGUUCUGGGUCCGCGGAGAGAAGGGCAGCUUUAAGAAGUUCCAUCUCGAUAUCCAAGAGGAGCAACUCAAGAGCGGAAUCAUGCCCGGUGACAGCGUAUACGGCAGGGAACCCAGUGAAAGAUAUGGUACCCUGACCACUAUCCAGAACGGCAAGCCCGUCAGAGAAGUUGCGCCGACCGUGGAGCCCCCCACCUACUCUGAAUACUACAGAAAAUUUGCCCGCGCUCUUGCCGGAGAGGGCGACCUUCCCGCCAGCGGAGCGGAGGCCCGUGAUGUUAUCCGGUUGAUUGAGUUGGCGCAGGAGAGUUCACGACUGGGCAAGACCCUUGAUGUCUAAAUUUUGUAUAUGUAAAGAUGAUUUAUUGACGACGAUGAUAUGCCAAUUUCUUUUCCGCACUCUUUUUGUGACUCACUGCUCUAUAUGAUGCUGUCUCCUGUUCGUACCUACCUAGAGGUAUUAAUAACAACAUGCCUUUUUAGGCAAAACAACCCCUAACCGAAUUUGAUGAAAAUAUCUUUCCGAGGUGUUUGUUAGUACGAGUUAUGUGGACAACCGAUAGAUCUCAUUGGCAAACUGAGCCGAGUCGCGCACAUCUGCAAAGCCCGUUAUGACUGGAGUCCACGCAAAGUCGGUAUUCUGCCAUUGACGUCCUUCCUUCUUGAUGUUCUCGAUUUUGGUUUUAUCAUAGACUGCACGGUGGUCAGUAAUGGCGUAGCUG